AUGGCGGCGUACACGUUACCUGAGGGUUUUACCGACUUCGAUAUGUUCUUGUUCGGCUCGGCGCUGUUUGUUGGCGGUGUCCUCGGGUUCCUCCUCAACGCAGUAACGGUCGCCUCCUUCCUGCGAGUUAGGGAGCUGAGAACCCCAAGUAACUACUUGAUUUUCAACCUGGCACUGGCCGACAUUAGCCUCAACGUGAACGGACUUACGGCCGCCUACGCCAGCUACCUCCGACAUUGGCCUUUUGGGCAGAAUGGAUGCGCUUAUCAUGGCUUCCAAGGCAUGAUUGCCGUCCUGGCGUCCAUCAGCUUCAUGGCGGCCAUCGCCUGGGACCAAUAUCACCAAUACUGCACAAGGCAAAAGCUCUUCUGGAGCACAGCCUUGGUAAUGAGCACUAUUAUCUGGAUCCUCUCGAUCUUCUGGGCGGCUGUUCCUCUCAUGGGCUGGGGUGUGUACGACUUUGAGCCCAUGAGGACCUGCUGCACUCUGGACUACACCAGAGGAGACCGGGACUUUGUCACCUUCAUGCUCACCCUGGUGCUGCUCUACUUGACCUUCCCAGCACUCACCAUGCUGUCAUGCUACAGCUCCAUUAAUAAACACUUCAAAAAGGUCCAUCAUCAUCGGUUCAACACCAGUUUACCAUUGAGGGUAAUGCUAAUGUGCUGGGGCCCUUACGUCCUCAUGUGCAUCUACGCCUGCUUCCAAAAUGUCAAAGUCAUAUCUCCGAAGCUACGAAUGGUGCUUCCAGUAAUUGCCAAGACAAACCCAAUUUUCAACGCACUGCUCUACUCCUUUGGCAACGAGUUCUACCGCGGAGGUGUGUGGUACUAUCUCACUGGGCAGAAGAUAGCUGAGCCAGACCUGAAGAAGCCUAAGUCCAAAUAA